GAGCGCGCACGCCGUGCGUCCCAGGCUCGCUCGGGAUUCUCGCCUGGUGCCGCAGGGAAAGGCCAACUGUUUGGUCCGCCAUGUUCUUCUCCGCGGCGCUCCGGGCCAAGGCGGCAGGCCUCAUCGCCCAGUGGGGAAGACAUAUAAGGAAUUUACAUAAGACAGCUGUGCAAAAUGGAGCUGGAGGAGCCUUAUUUGUUCACAGAGAUACUCCUGAGAAUAACCCAGAUACUCCAUUUGAUUUCACACCAGAAAACUAUAAGAGGAUAGAGGCAAUUGUAGGAAACUAUCCAGAAGGACAUAAAGCAGCAGCUGUGCUUCCAGUCCUGGAUUUAGCCCAAAGACAGAAUGGAUGGCUGCCCAUCUCUGCCAUGAACAAGGUUGCGGAAGUUUUACAGGUACCUCCAAUGAGAGUAUAUGAAGUAGCAACUUUUUAUACGAUGUAUAAUCGAAAGCCAGUUGGAAAGUAUCACAUUCAGGUCUGCACUACUACACCUUGCAUGCUUCGAAACUCUGACAGCAUACUGGAGGCCAUCCAGAAAAAGCUUGGAAUAAAGGUUGGGGAGACGACACCUGAUAAACUUUUCACUCUUAUAGAGGUGGAAUGUUUAGGGGCCUGUGUAAAUGCACCAAUGGUUCAAAUAAAUGACAACUACUAUGAGGAUCUGACACCUAAGGAUAUUGAAGAAAUUAUUGAUGAGCUCAAAGCUGGCAAAAUUCCAAAACCUGGGCCAAGGAGUGGACGCUUCUCUUGUGAGCCAGCUGGAGGUCUUACCUCUUUGACUGAACCACCCAAAGGACCUGGCUUUGGUGUGCAAGCAGGACUUUAAUUUAUAUUCAACUGUAAAUAUGUUCCAGGAGGAAUAAAACAUGAAUCUUCUAUCUACAUAAA